AUGCACCGAUCACGUUUUAUUACUAAUAAAAAUGUUUCUUACGAAAAGACACGUUCUUAAUGUAUAUGUUGCGAGUUACGAUAAAUAUCUCUCAUCGUUCUUACGACUGUAUCCAAUCAAUCGUAAGUACUUUUAUGUAAAAAAGAAAUUCCUUACAAGUCGCAUCAGAAUUAAAAAAUUUGAAUGAGAAUGAACUUUUUGGACGAGUAGAAACAUGAUUGCCAAAUCAAAGGGUUAAAUGAUUAAAGAUAAUUUAUUACAAAUCACUAAUCUAAUCAAUGUUAAAUAUCUAGAAAACUGCUAUAAAAACAUGCUAGGCAGACAGCAUAUCAUCUUCAUUCAUUUAACCUUUCUAAAUUCUUUUUAUCAUAAAGCCUAAUUAGUUUAAUUAUGAUUCUACUUAUUUCUCAUAAGCCAAACUGUUAUAAAUUUUUGUUCCUGCGUUAUCUUAGACCUUAAGAAAUUGUACAGAUGUGCCUAUACGGACAUACCAAAACCAAAUUUUGAAGAAUAUCGACGAAAAUCGCUGGAAGAUACCGAAACACCGGCUGCAAAAAGUGCUGAUGAACGAAAAGCACUGAGUUGCAUUGCUUCUUUUGGUGCGUUAUUCGAAACUAAGUUUAUAUAAAAUGCUUCUAUCGAUUAAGUAUUUUUUCUCCAACAAAAUACUAGAGUACUUCUCAAUUGAGACAUAUGUCACAGGUUGAAUUGAAUGCUUACAGUUGGCGGUGUCGCUGGACUGUACAGCUUGAAAUCUCACGCAAUGCAUUAUAUACUUUUCGUAUCGCCUUCGCGAGAUAUAUUGGCGGAGACGCAAAUGGAAGUGAAAUUAGGCGGUAUAUCAGAGGGACGUGUGGCGAUUGUAAAGUGGCGCGGCAAACCUGUUUUCAUUUAUCACCGCACACAAUCAAUUAUCGAGCAAGAAAGAGCGGUUGUGUUAUCCGAAUUACGCGAUCCAGAAACGGAUGAAAAUAGAGUGAAAAGGCCGGAAUGGCUAAUCGUUGUGGGAGUUUGCACACAUUUGGGAUGUAUACCGAUUCCGAAUGCAGGAAUUAUACCGGGUGGCUUUUUAUGUCCAUGUCACGGUUCGCACUUUGACGCGGCCGGUCGCAUUCGAAAAGGCCCGGCACCGACUAACUUAGAAGUACCCAAGUACAAAUUCAUAAAGGACGAUAGUGUCAUUAUUGGAUGACGGGUCCUUUCUAAGUUAAAACGGGUAUUAAGUAAAAAAUAACGAGCGAAUCACAAAGAAUAUGUAAUAUUCCGCGCAAGACAAAAACCCUGUUUGUUCGUGUUCAUUGAGAUUUUGGAAUUUAUAGCCUUAAUAAUUAUGAUAAAUAAAGUGCCGAUUUCGGCGAAGGAAAAUGUA